AUGUAUCUCCUUGGUUUAGAAGUGGGUUAUAUUUAUGAUGGGUUCUUCUUUAGUCAGUCUAAAUAUGCCAAAGAUGUCAUGUCUCGUGUUGACUUACUUCACUCUAAACCAGUUCCCACUCCUUUGGCUACUCAUGAAACCUUUACACCUGAUGGACCGUUAUUUUCUGGUCUAACUCUCUACCGCUCACUUGUAGGUGCUCUUCAGUACUUAACCAUUACUCGACCAGAUCUCUUAUGUGCUAUCAAUCACGCGAGUCUAUAUCUUCAUGCCCCUACUGAUGCUUACUUUCCCUCAGUUAAGUGGAUAUUGCGCUAUGUUAAAGAUUGUUUCUGGAGAUUAAGAUCUCAUCAUAGCGCAAGUCAUCAGGUGGCUGAAGGGCUCACAAUUGAUGGAAUAUUGGAAAACUGGUCAAAGAUAAAGCCAGUAAUAAUGGGAAAAUGGAGUGAAAACUUGUUGAUAUGUUUGGAAAAGUUAGGGAUGAAUGGAUUCAUAAUGACUUGGCUACCUGGAUUGGAGCUAACAGGUGAACAUGAAGGUUAUUAGGCUUGAAAAAUUAAAAAGAUGAAAUAUAGAAUGAAUGACCUUGUUUUUGUCAUAUAACACUUGAGAUGAAGAUGGCAGAUGAAGUGACAAACUUAUUUUCAUAAUACAACAUGUGAUAGUGAUAUGUGAUAAGAAGAUAGCAGUUGAGAUGAAGAUGAUGCCAGGUCAUAUUCAUAUUUUAAUUUCUUAUUCAACUUAAUGUUCUUUUAUGAUAAACCUAAAUAAAUAAUGUUGUUAUUUCUGAUAAACCUACUGAAUGUCUAUAAAUAAAGUUUAUUUGUUUCCCGG